CGGAUUUGUGUCUUUGAGGAGGAUACCUGGCAUGCAAGGUGGCUGUUGUGCUCUCUCUGCUCUGUCAGAAGGUCUUAAUGUCCUUGCUCAUCAGCCUGAACCCUGAGCAGCCCUCUCGUCCUCCUGGUGCACGUGGAGGAGAGAAGCCUGCUGUGUGAUCACUCUGGAGGUGGACAAGGAAGCCAGUCUGUGCUGGAGAGUGAGGAGGGGUCCUGGAGUGAGGAAGAGCCACGGUCUGGAGGAAGAGCAGGAUGGGCAUGGGUGGAGGUGGCCCCGCUGGCCGGGCUGGCCGUGAUUCCCAGCAGCAGGAAUCGGCCAUAGGAGUGUGUGCUGGUGGGGAUCGUCAGGGCGAGCCAGCAUGCAGAGGGAUUCUGCAGGUGUGUCCAGUGUGGAGCAGGUGGGGCAGAGGACAGCAGAUGGGGGGCUCAGUGUCUACGGACCAACUGGCUGGGUCCCCUGCCACAUGUUGCCUUCUUGUAGUGCUCUCUAGGACCCCAAGGAACUGGAAGGUGGGCUUCUGCCCUGCUAGCUUCCUGUGCUGUGUUGUAGAAGCCACCCUCUCCCCAGAGUGGGUGUUGAAGGAACCAUGGGCCCAGGAUGGAGGACGCUGGCCACUGGUGCUGGCAGGAGGGCUCUCAGCCAGGGCGCAUGCCAGCGGUCAGGAGCCUGAUGGUGUUGGUUGCCACCCUUGCUGCGCCUCUUCCCACACGUGUAGCAGGAGACUGGACUAGUCUGUUACUGGGGCUGCCCAAGUUCUGGAGUCUGUUUUCUCAGCCCCUCGUUUGUAGGGCGUUGUGGUGUGUGGGGGCACAGUCCUCAUGGCUGCAGCCAGCGUGACCCCCCCUGGCUCCCUAGACCUGCUGCAGCCAGGCUUCUCCAAGACCCUCCUCGGGACCAAGCUAGAGGCCAAGUACCUGUGCUCAGCCUGCAGGAACGUGCUACGGAGGCCCUUCCAGGCCCAGUGCGGCCACCGCUACUGCUCCUUUUGUCUCUCCAGCAUCCUCAGCUCUGGGCCUCAGAAUUGUGCUGCCUGUGUCCAUGAGGGCAUCUACGAAGAAGGCAUUUCUAUUUUAGAAAGCAGCUCGGCCUUUCCAGAUAAUGCUGCCCGCAGGGAGGUGGAGAGCCUGCCAGCCGUCUGUCCCAGUGAUGGGUGCACCUGGAAGGGGACCCUGAAGGAAUAUGAGAGCUGCCACGAAGGACUCUGCCCGUUCCUGCUGACCGAGUGUCCCGCCUGCAAAGGCCUCGUCCGUCUGUGCGAGAGGGAGCGCCAUGCUGAGGAGGAGUGCCCUGAGCGGCGCCUGUGCUGCCCCCACUGCCAGGCCCCCUGCAGCCACGCCGGCACGGAGGCACAUCGUGACGUCUGCCCUGAGUUCCCACUGGCCUGCGACGGCUGCGGGAAGAGGGUCCCUCGGGCUGAGCUCCAGGACCACAUCAGGACAUGUGGCAAGUGCCCCGUCCCCUGCAGAUUCCACGCCGUAGGCUGCUCCGAGGUGGCGGAGGCUGAGGACCUGCAGGAACACGAGACACAGCGGCUGCAAGAGCACUUGGCACUGCUGCUCAGCUCACUGCUGGAGGCGCGGGCGCCCCCGGGGGUGCCCAGCCAGCUCGAGCCAGAGAUGCUGCAGCGGUGCCAGGCCCUGGAGCGGAAGAUAGCCACCUUCGAGAACAUCGUCUGUGUCUUAAACCGGGAAGUGGAGAGGGUGGCCAUGACCACGGAGGCCUGUAGCCGACAGCACCGGCUAGACCAGGACAAGAUUGAAGCCCUGACAAGCAAGGUCCAGCAGCUGGAGAGGAGCAUCGGCCUCAAGGACUUGGCCAUGGCUGACCUGGAGCAGAAGGUCCUGGAGUUGGAGGCGUCCACCUAUGACGGGGUCUUCAUCUGGAAGAUCUCCGACUUUGCCAGGAAGCGCCAGGAAGCCGUAGCCGGCCGCACGCCUGCCAUCUUCUCCCCAGCCUUCUACACGAGCAAGUACGGCUACAAGAUGUGUCUGCGAGUGUACCUAAACGGGGACGGCACGGGGCGCGGCACGCACCUCUCCCUCUUCUUUGUGGUGAUGAAAGGCCCCAACGACGCCCUCCUCCGGUGGCCCUUCAACCAGAAGGUGACGCUGAUGCUGCUGGAUCAGGACAACCGGGAGCACGUGAUCGACGCCUUCAGACCUGAUGUGACCUCGUCCUCCUUCCAGCGGCCCGUUGGGGACAUGAACAUUGCCAGCGGCUGCCCCCUCUUCUGCCCCGUGUCCAAGAUGGAGGCCAAGAACUCCUACGUACGCGAUGACGCCGUCUUCAUCAAAGCCAUCGUGGACUUGACAGGGCUUUGACCACCCCAGCCAGAAACAGCUGCGCAGCUGGAGCCCGCACGGGCAAGACCCUGCUGGACAAGGCGCCAGGAGGCCUCGGCCUGUGACCAAGCGCCCUGACACGCGGAAGGAGCCGCCAGCAGGUUCCCAGCCGGCAGAGACCGUGGGGGCCCUGGAGAAGGUCCCGCACAGGCCUCUCGCCGCUCCCCUCGCCGGCCUCUGUGCAGGGAGGGCGGAGGGCAGCCAGAAGGGGGGCCCUGCUCCCCUCUCGGAGACCGUGGGAUGGUAGUGGGUGCUGCUGGGGAGAAGGGCCUGUGCCUGCAGAGUAUGGCCCUAGAAAGAAGGGUGCUGAAACCCAGUGCUCACGGGCUGAGCCUCUGGCCAGCCUGUGGCCAGCCCAGGGCUUGCUCAGCCUCACUGUCAGGCUGAGGAGAAAUCAUUAAACCACCUCGCUGUCUUGAGUGUGGCGUCUGCCUGACACCAGGCCACAGGUGGCUCCCACCUGGGCCACGGCAGCCCCCUGCCCUCCUCCACCCCCGGGACCUCUCUGUCCUGUCCCCGUGAGUGCCCCAGGCACCUGUGGGAGCAGCCGGGACACACUGCAGUGUGCUCAGGGUGAGCAAGGCCUGUGCCCUGAGUGCGUGCAGGGGCGGCCCGGGGCCCUGGCAGGAAGGACCGGGAGGAAGCCGGGCCUCCCACUUACUGGCCGCUCAGGCAUCUUCAGAGGUCACCUGAUGGAAAGAAGAGCAAGACCGUCCCCACGCAGGACUGCCGCAGCCCUGUUCUGCCUGGGGGUAAACUUGGGGGGGGGGUGUCAAUGUGUAGCAGGCGCACGCAGAAUGGCGGGCAGUUGACCGACCACUCACCCCGUGUGCUGGGCUCCCAGUGGACUUCACUGCUGCGGGCAUACUGACGGAGGAGACAUCAUCUUUCUCCUGAAAACAGUCUUCAAGUUCUCCAGGCCUCCCUGGCCUGCUGGCCCGCUGGGAUGGGAGGUGCUGGCCCGUGCCAGGCUGUGCCGGCCCUCGCGGCUGUCCUUGGCCGUCUCUGUUGGGCUGUGUCCGGCAGGCCCUGGGUGUGCGUGGUCGCUGCUUGGGGUGCUGGCGGUCUGCCGUGUUUGUUGCUCAUUUUGGAUCUCCCCUGCUGUCUUCAGCUGUGAUGCUGGGUUUCGCUCACCCCUUCACACUUGUACUGGGUUGGCUUUGUGAACUCUGUGUUGUAGAAAGGUUCUAAAGUUAGGAUGUGGCCAGUUAACACUCUUAAAUUUUGGUUUUCCAUAUGGUG